CGUGACGUCUGGUUGAGGUGGCGCGAAAAUUUGGGCGGAAGUUUGACAGCGGUGGGAUAUUUUGUUUUCUUGUUUUCUUUUUUCCAGCAUACUGUAGCUAAUCCGCUUCUAAUAAAUUGAUUAUCUACAGUUAAAAUUCUAAAUUAAAUUUGUCGAUAAGCAAGACGAAUAACGCAGGCGGAUAUGCUAUGCAGCUAAACCACAAUAUUAAUAUGUGAUGAAAACUAGUUAUCCAGUAGGUUUCUGUGUCAGAAAGUUGUUUUAGCAAGACCACCGUUUUAGGGAAGUAACCUCGUUCGCAAACAAACGUACCUUGGCGCUAACACUUACAUUUUGUGAUUUAGCUAGCUAUCGAUUUUUGAGUACCCAUUUCAAAAGGUACUAUUAGCUAACUCAAAGACGAUGUCGGACGCGUUGUCUGAAGCAAGCGACUUGAGUGCCGAUGACAGUCAGGAUGUAAUGACCCCGGCUGAGCUGAUUGCUAAACUGGAAGAGGCCUGGCUGAAUGAAAAGUUCUCCCCGGAGCUGCUGGAGAACAAGUCCGAGAUUGUGGAGUGUGUGAUGGAGCAGCUCACUCACAUGGAGGAGAACCUGCAGCGCGUGCGGAAGGGAGACGUGAAGGCCAGCAUCCACCGCAUGGAGAUCGACAGGAUCCGAUUCGUCCUCAGCAGCUACCUCCGCUCCCGUUUGCAAAAGGUAGAGAAAUACUUCCCUCACAUCCUGGAGAAAGAGAAGUCGCGGGCAGACGGAGACCCCUCGUUCCUUUCUCCUGAGGAGUUUGCCUUUGCCAAAGAGUACCUGGCCAACACAGAAACAUAUCUGAAGGCGGUGGCUCUCAGACACAUGCCCCCCAAUCUACAGACUGUGGAUAUGCUGAAAGCAGUGCCCGAGCCCUGCCUGGAUUCUUUCGUGUUCCUGCGUGUGAAGGAGCGGCAGGAGAACAUCCUGGUGGAGCCCGAGACGGACGAGCAGAGGGAGUAUGUUGUUGACCUGGAGGAAGGCUCCCAGCAUCUGAUGCGAUACCGCACAAUAGCGCCCCUGGUGGUCAGCGGGGCAGUGCAGCUCAUAUAGGAACGGAGGUCAUCUGGACUGGGACCUCACUCUCUUCCCGCCCUGCCUCCAAACACGCACGACGGCAACGUUUGGAGAUGCUGACAAAGUGCACUGUAGCUGUCCAACUAUUAUAUAAGGGAGCUUUAACCAAAUUUACCCAUCACAUUACAAGACAUUUUUGAAUUGCUCUUUUUGUGGGGGGGUUUAUCAACAACUGAUGCUCUGUUAUUCUAGGUAUAUCCGUUAAAUUAGAAACCUCUUCGUGUCUUGUCAGGCUUUCCUCUAACACAGUCAGUAUGGAUGGUGGUAAAAAAGAUAUGUGCGAAGGAGACAGAGGCAGCAGUUGUGGUACCUCAGGAAGCUGUCACUAUAAUGAGAAAUUGAUGGCAGCAGCAUGCUAGGACUUGACCUGUGCUUGAAUAGAGAUCAAAAAGGAGUAGUAAUAAUUUUUUUGUGCUUUUGGGCCGAUGUGCACUACUUCAUAGAAUAGCUGUUGAAUUAUAGAACAGCUGUUUGCGCUCUUUGCCACUUCACCCACAGCAGUGAUUUUCCAUGGGCACUAGCAUACUAGAAUGGCUCGGCACCACAGUCCUCCAUAUAACACCAGUCACAUGUUACCCAUGUGCCCGUGCAGUAGUCUGAAGAGGACACUGGUCCAGUGGGACAGAGAUGCUGAGAUUCAAGCAUUGAAAAUGGUGAGGAGUGGAAUUGGUGCACAAUGGCAGAGCUUGUCUUUAUCAUGUAGCAGUAGCUGCUGUCAAAUUCAUAAAUCAGGAAAAUGCAGUUUUCAAGAAUAGCUUUCAGGGAUCCACUCUUCCUGUAGGUUUUUGAAAACCUUUAAUGCAUGGUUAUGAAUGUUAAAAUUAAAAGAAUGAAAUUUCUUGGAUUUUGAGUUUGAACCUUCUUUGUUUUCUCUUGGUGAGUGCAUGUUGUGACAUUUAUAUUUUCAGUAAAAUAUUUUAUUACAUUUUUUCAAUUGUUAAUGAAUAUUCUGGUGUUGAAACCAGGUUGUAACAUUGCCCAGGUAGGCGGGGAUGUCGGUCACCAGAUAAUUUAUUUGUCAUUGCUCACCAGCACCCCCGUCUGGUCAGUCAGGCCCGCCCUGUCUGUCUAUGCUUUUACAGACAUGCCUGUGCAAGCGCAUCUAGACUGGAGGGAGAAACAGCAGCGGCUGACUUCACGUGUUUCCGGGGAGAGUGUGCGCUUGUCAGGGUUCGCAGAUUUAGAGGUUGCAGCAGUGAGCUUGAAUGCGAUUAAUUGGGCAUCCCAAAACUUGGAGAAAAUAGGGGGUAAAAUUUAGAAUCCUGGAAGAGUCUUCCCGUCCCUUCGCUCAAACUUUUGCAGAAUGUUAAGCUUUGUCGGGGCAGUAUUUAAAACCACGUUGUGAAUGUGUUUUAUUUUGCAUUGCUCAUUGUCACUAUUUUUUCUAAGUUUGGCUCUGUCUAUAUGUUUCUCUGUAUAUGAACCAGUCUGUAUCAAGUGGUUGUGCUGAUAUCUUAAAACUAACAAUAUUUCAAUGGAGUAAGGGUCUGUAAUCUGCAUUUUCUUUAUUUGGUUAUUGUUUUGUAAGUAAUUGACUUAAUGUGUUCCACAUGGGGGGGAGGGGGGGGGCUUGAAUCAUGCACUUUUGAUGGACUGAGAGGAAGAAACGUUGACAUCUCCUGGACAAGAGGGAUUUUUAAGUCUUCAAUUUCAGCUUCACUCCAGCCAAUAGCAGUGGCAGCAGUCCGUUAACCUGAGUCUUUGUUGAACAUCUUCCACAGAGUCUGAUUGCCCAGCGACAAGUUUUGUUUGUCCUUGAGAUAUUGGAUUUCUGUUUCCCAUGACCUGCAUCCAAGAGGAUGGCAGUCAAUCCUGUGGUUUCUGGGCAGAACUAGUUGGCGGGCUGGUCUGUGGGAUUUGCAGCCAAAGUCUUUUUGUUUGUUUUAUUGUUUUGUUUGUUUUUUGUUUUUUUCUUCCUUUUUUAAACCCUCCCCUCUGCCCAGUAGAUUUGGGGUAAUUUCUGCAUUUGUACCACUGCCCAAAUGAGGCAAUCUUUGACUGCAUUUAAGCUCAACAAAGAAGAGGCGUGGCAUUAGGAGUGUAAAUGUGCUGAAGGCAAGUCUUCCAGACAACGGAACUGAUUAAUUUGAGAUUGCAAAACACAACUCAAAUAAACACAGCUUAUCAUAUGA